GUCUGCUGUUCACCUAUGGGGUGACGGGCAGUGGGAAGACCCACACCAUGACAGGAUCCCCUGGGGACGGGGGGCUCCUGCCCCGCUGCCUGGCCAUGAUCUUCAACAGCAUCGGCCCCUUCCAGGCCAAGAGAUUCGUUUUCAAGCUGGAUGACAAGAACGGGGUGGAUGUGCAGAGCGAGGUGGAGGCUCUGCUGGAACGCCAGAGGAGAGAGGCCCUGCCCACCCCAAAAACUCCAGCUGGCAAGAGACAGCCGGAUCCCGAGUUUGCCGACAUGAUCGCCGUGCAGGAUCACUGCCGGGCGCAGGAGGUGGACGAGGACAACGUCUACGGCGUCUUCGUCUCCUACAUCGAGAUCUACAACAACUACAUCUACGACCUGCUGGAGGAGGCGCCCUGCGACUCCAUCAAACCCAAACCUCCCCAGUCCAAAAUCCUUCGGGAAGACCAGAACCACAACAUGUACGUGACGGGCUGCACCGAAGUGGAGGUCAAAUCCACCGAGGAAGCUUUUGAAGUCUUUUGGAGAGGGCAGAAGAAGCGGCGCAUCGCCAACACGCAGCUGAACCGGGAAUCCAGCCGCUCCCACUCCGUGUUCAUCAUCAAACUGGCACAGGCUCCUCUGGAUGCUGAUGGGGACAACGUGCUGCAGGAAAAGGAGCAGAUCACCCUGAGCCAGCUGUCGCUGGUGGAUCUGGCGGGAAGUGAGAGAACCAACAGGACCAAAGCCGAGGGGAACAGACUGCGGGAGGCAGGGAAUAUCAACCAGUCACUGAUGACAUUGAGGACGUGCAUCGAGGUUCUGCGGGAGAACCAAUUGUACGGAACGAACAAGAUGGUUCCAUACAGAGACUCCAAGCUGACUCAUCUCUUCAAGAACUAUUUCGAUGGAGAAGGGAAAGUUCGGAUGAUCGUGUGUGUGAAUCCCAAGGCAGAGGACUACGAGGAAAGCCUGCAAGUGAUGCGUUUUGCAGAGAUGACCCAGGAGGUGGAGGUGGCGGACCAGAGGAGCCGUCUGCUGCUGAGCUCUUCUUCCAGAGCUUCCCUCCCCUGCCUUCCUGCGAGCUCUUGGACAUCAACGACGACCAAACGCUCCCAAAACUGAUCGAGGCCCUGGAGCAGCGCCACAAAAUGAGGCAGAUGCUGACAGAGGAAUUUGCCAAAAGUGUUCUUGCCUUUAAAACAAUGCUGCAAGAAUUUGACUCCAGUGUUGCAUCCAAGGAAAAUUAUAUCCAAGGAAAACUGGCUGAGAAGGAGAAAACCAUAACAGGGCAGAAGACGGAGCUGGAACGGCUGGAGAAGAAGAUUAAAACCUUGGAGUACAAGAUUGAGAUUUUGGAGAAGACGGCCACGAUUUACGAGGAGGACAAGAGGAACCUGCAGCAGGAGCUGGAGAGCAAGAGCCAGAAGCUGCAGAGACAGGCGUCGGACAAGAGGAGGCUGGAGGCCAGGCUGCAGGGAAUGGUGGCUGAGACCUCCCUCAAGUGGGAGAAGGAAUGUGGGGACGUGUUCAAGACCAGGGGUGGUGGCCAGGCCGUGCAGUUCACGGACAUCGAGACCCUCAAGCAGGAAUCUCCCACCGGGCGGAAGCGCCGCUCGUCUCCUCCUGAUCCCGACCCUGCCGGGGACGCCGCGGACUCGGAAUGGACGGAUGUGGAAACCAGGUGUUCCGUGGCCGUGGAGAUGAGGGCGGGAUCGGCGCUGGGACCGGGAUUCCAGCACCACGCCCAGCCCAAGCGCAGGAAGCCCUGAACUUUUCCUGCUGGAAUCCCGGAUUUUCCCAGCCUGAGGAAUGCUCUGCUGCCACUGCUCCUCAGGAACUGCUUUGUGUGCUCAUUCCCAGAGGUUUUUAGGGAAGCUGGGAAAUGGCUCCGUUGGUGAUCCCAAAGAACUUCUGGAUGGAUCUGUCCUUUUCCAUAGAUUUAGGGAAAUCCUAAAGGUCCCUCUGGAAUUUCGAACGGAGCUGGAUCGUUACAGACAGUGCCAGCAGGCUUUUCCCUGGGAGAUUUUUCCAGUGUUUUCCCGGUUUUUUAAAUCCCAAAUCCAUCUUUUCUGGUCAUUCCCUCUCUUUUGGGAGACCCAACCGCUGCUAUUCCGAGCUGCAGUCCAGCACUUUAAGGGUGUUUUUGGCCAUUCCCGAUUUUACUGGAAGCAGGAAAACCUUGGGAAUUCAGAUUUCUUCUGGCAAGAAUUACUUUGGAGUAUUUAAGUGUGUCACUGAGCUGUCAGAACAUUCCAGAGCCACCCAAAACCCUGGGAGCAGUGGGAAUUCACAUCCCAGCUGCUUUGGGGAUUCUGGAAUGUUUUCCAUUGUGGGAAUGGGGGGGAAAAGGGGAUUUUUUUCACAGAUGGGGUGAGAAUUGGCUCUCUUUAUGUUCCCUGCAAAAUGUUUAAUAAAUCCUUUUAUUCC